UAGAUCAGUCGUUAUGUUGUAGCUAAUUUAUAUUUGUACUGCAAGGGGAAGUAUUGGAACUCGUGGUUAUGCAAUAUACUGGAAUUGGGAAAGAGAAGACAGACCCAGACGUGCAAUUUUAUAGUUUAAGCUGAGCGAUGUGAAAUCUACAUGUCUUUACGCAGCUAACUAGCUAGAAAACAUGAACCCAACAAGUAAAGAUAUGAAAGGCAUCAUGGACAAGUCAUCAUACCGUUUGCUGCAGCUUCUGUCCUUGGCAUGGCUGGCCUGUAGGCCCACCUGUAGUUCUAUCACCACCUAUGGAACAAUAAUCCCACAAUCUCCAUUGGUGGAAAUUGGGAAGGAAUUCACCGCCACAUGUGUAGUCUACAAAGCUGCUAAAGCCACAGCGGAGGACAUCUACUGGAAGUUGAAAAACGUCACAGUGCCCAAAGAGCAGUACACCAAGAUAAAUGACUCGGCUGUUAGCGUGACCAUCACCAUCACCAAUGAAACGGCCAACUGGUUACUUUGUGAGAAGAAAGGGUCUCCCUUAAACCGAAAUCAAGUAAUCCAUGGGAUUCUAUUGACCAAAGGGUAUCCCCCUGAGAAGCCUGUGAACCUGUCCUGCAUGGCUGUCCAGUCUGGCCGAAAGAUUUCCUCCAACGUCACGUGCACAUGGCAGCCUGGGACAAGAGACGAGAUUCUGAAAACCACUUAUACCUUGUUUGGCAGUCUAAUUGUCUCAAAUAAGAGCGGCAAAGCUCACAGAAGCAGUGGAUACAUUGACUUCGGCACCUUUCCAAGCUUCAUGCAACUUGCUAUGUGGGUAGAAGUUGAAAACAAGUUGGGGAAGGUUCGAUCUGACAUUCUGGAUAUUUAUGCUGCUGAUUUGGUGAAAACGAAUCCCCCAUCAGAUGUCAAUAUUCUUUCCGAGAAUAACUUUUCCAGGACACUCUUAGUGAGUUGGAAGCACCCUAUCCAUGUAACCUAUGUAACGCUGAAAUACAACAUCAGGUUCUGCACUGUGGGCUCUGGAGACUGGACUGAGGUACCCCCAAAUGACACUGAAAGCUACAAGGAGUCUUUCCGUCUUCAGUACCUCAAGCCGGACAUGGAGUAUGUAGUGCAGGUGCGAUGCAUUCAUCAUAUGGGCUAUGGCUAUUGGAGUGACUGGAGCGCUAACUCUACCGCCAGGACCCCAGAGGACAAGCCUACAAGUAAGCCAGACCUAUGGAGAGUCAUCAUUCCCAGCCAAGUCAAAAGUGAGCGGAGAGUGCAAGUGAUGUGUAAGGAUCCAGUGGAGUCCAAUGGAAGGAUACAGGGCUACAGCAUCAAGAUCCAAGAUGGAAACUGGGAGACGGUGGCGGUCAAUGACUCUGACCUGGAUUCUAGGUCACAAGAGAGGAAAAUUAUCCCCCUUUACCAGAUUCCCUGGUCUGACAAGAGAAGAGGCCUCAUUGAAUUGAAGGCCUGGAAUUCUGUUGGCGAGUCUCCCCAAGCGUCUUUGGUCAUCCCAAAAUUGACACAAGAGCCCCCUUCGGUGGAAUGGCUCAGCUGGUUUACCCAGCAGGGGAGGCUGUGGGUGAAAUGGCAGCCCCCCAAUGUGACGGCCACAGGGGAGCCCUACAGGUCAGAGGUGACGGAGUACAUACUGGAGUGGGUGUCUGUCAGUGAUGGCGCUAUGGACUGGCAGAGAGAACGUAGGCAUACUAGGACGGCAGCCAUUAAAGGUAACCUUCAGAAGUUCAAUCGCUACAAUAUAUCUGUGUAUCCCAUGUACUCUGGGUGGACUGGGAAGCCAUUGACCAUAGCAGCCUUUCUGGAACAAGGAGCUCCGCUGGAGGGCCCCUCUGUGAAAGUGAGGCGGACGGGGAAAAACGACGCUGAGCUAGAGUGGAUGGAGAUUCCACUGGACAAACAGCGAGGGUUCAUCACCAACUACACCAUCUUCUUCAUCACAGGGGGCAAGGAACACUCAAUAGUUGUCUCUACCGACACCUACUCUUACACUGUGAAGCGCAUGGCCAGCAACAGCAAGUAUGUGGUGCGGGUCAUGGCAUCUACAGUACAAGGCUCUACAAACAGCUCGGACCUGUCAUUCAAUACUCUGAUGUAUGCUCCCGGGCAGAUAGAAGCCAUUGUGGUGUCUGUGUCCAUCAGCUUCCUGUUUUCCGUAGUGCUGACCAUGCUCUGCUGCAUUUACAAAAUGGACUCGAUAAAGAAGAAGAUCUGGCCACCGGUACCUGACCCCUCCAACAGCACUAUCGCUAAAUGGUCUCCUGAUUUCACAUCCAAAGCUGACACUCCUAACGAGAGCGCGCUGGGUGACGUGAGUAUUGUAGAGGUGGACGUGUUCGACAGGAAGUCUCUGUGUGAGGAGGACAAGGCAGGCCUGCCGCUCAAAAAGGACAAAUACCUGUCAGAGGAGCAUAGCAGCGGCAUCGGCGGCUCCUCUUGCCUGUCAUCGCCUCACCAGAGCGUCUCAGACAGCGACGAGGGCGGCGACGAGGGCCAGACUACAGCCAGCACCGUCCAGUACUCGUCGGUGGUGGCAUCCUGCGGCUACAAGGGCCAGACCCCCUGCCCUCUCCCCCAGUCCGGCUCGUCCCAGACGCCCAGCUUCACCCGCUCCGAGUCCACCCAACCCCUGCUGGACAGCGAGGAGCACCCGGAGGGCCCCGAGUCACAGCGCUACCUGCGGAACCCCUACUUCGGGCGCUUGCCUGGGGGGAACAAUGGCGACAGCGGAGACCUGGAGGACUUGAACCAGAUGGAGAUGAAGAAGCAGGGGUUGGCUUUGCGCCGGUUCUGCCCCCUGGAGGAGGACUUUCAGCAGACCACACCCACAGAGGAGGGUCACUCACCUGACGGACAGCCAGGCCCUGACCCUAGCUACAUGCCUCAGCUCAGCGGCUACAGGCCUCAGUGUUAGGAGGACGUAUGGUGACUUAGUUCGAGGUUGUCACACUUCAUGUACAGUGACUCUUCCUUGCGCCUUUGUUCAUUUCACUUUUGUUCCAAACUUUAUCAGCCUAUUAUUUUUGCACUUACCCAAAUGGCAAUCAUGAACUUCAUGUGGGCAUCGUGACUUGCCUUGUUAAAUCUCUUUUAAGUGGAUGAUAUAGUUUGCCUGUAUGUCGAGGUUUUAUUGUUUUAAGAUCCUAAAAAGGAAAUAGAUGCCUACGUGCAGACCCAUUUAUUUUCAGUUAAUUACUGACCUAGGUAGUUGGCGUCACCCAUUGACCUCUUAAGAAAAGUCCAUAGCCUAAAUGUGGACCCCUAUUCUCUACAAGCCGGCCAAGUUGAACUUUGAAUGGACAGUGUGAUGACACAUCAUUCCAAGAAAGAAGACUUGAAGGAAGCGAAAAGGUGAUGCUAGCCAAUACAACAGGACCCUCUUGAAAUGCAGUACCUUCAGAAAGUAUUCAUACCCCUUGACUUGUUCCCCAUUUUGUGACAUCCUAAAUUCUAAAAGGAUUCAAUGUAAACAUUCUCACCAAUCUAUACACAAUACCCAUAAUGACAAGGUGAAAACAUGUUUUUUGACAUUUUAGCAAAUUUAUUGAAAAUGAAAAAGCGAUAUGAUUUACAUAAGUAUUCACACCCCUGACUCAAUACACGUUAGAAUCAUCUUUGACAGCUGUGAGUCUUUCUGGGUAAGUCUCCAAGAGCUAUGCGCAGCUGGAUUGUACAAGUUAGUUGUUGUCAUUGCUCAACAGCCAUUUUCAAGUCUUGCCAUAGAUUUUCAAGCUAAUUUAAGUCAAAACUGUAACUAGGCUACACAGGAACAUUCAAUGUAAUCUUGGUAAGCAACUCCAGUGUAUUUAUGG